AUGACGACCAUUGGCUGUACUGGAGGGCAAGCUCCCAUCCUAACUAUGGAAUUUUUUCGAAAUAUUAAUUAUGAUGCCACGAUACCUCCCUACGAACAGGGAUCCAUUGAUCAAGGGUAUAAUUGGCAUAUGAAAGAACCACAAAGAGAUCUGGAUGAUAAUCUAAUCGGCAUGUAUUCGCCACAGUCUCUACCCCCUAGCAUUGCUGCAUUAUUAUCAGUCAACUGCGAUUUGAGAAUGCUCGUGGAGAAGAGAUACUCCUUUGCAUUUGGAAUUGCAGAACCAAUGGUGUUCUUUAAUUUUGAGCUGGAUACUCUCUUUCUUAGCCAUAGAGAUAUGCACAUCGCCUCCAAUAAACUGAGUUUCUACAAUUCACUGGUUUACGGGCUAGAUGGUGGAAGACAGAAAGAUUGGGAAAAGGUCAAAUUCCUAGCCAUAGAAGUCCUGGUUACCGAGUUUUCUGGAGUGGGUCGUGAAAACAAACAUGACAUCGAUUUUGUCAAGUUCAUAUCCGUCAUUUUUUGUUAUUUUACAAGUCUCAAGGAAUUGACGGUGGUGUUCAAAGACCAUUCUAAAGCCGUCCGUCUUCAUGGCGCAAUUACAGUCCUGCAAUGGGGAUAUGUUGAAGACUUACAAGACUUCGAAAAUUACAAUCUUAGCCCGGCUCCCAGACUUGCGUACUACGAUGAGAUUAAACUGCUACUUUCACGGAUUUCGAUUUCUGCGAGAAAUAUAGAAAAGCUUACAGGAGCCCCUUUUCACGUUCCGGAGGUCGAAUCAAUGUUCCAAAAGGUGGUUCUCGGAUCGGGCUGGCAGAGAGCAUUAGAGGAUGCACGCCAAGACUACCUGAGAAGUUCAUCAUGA